AUCCUCGCUUCACCUCAUGCUUCCGAAAUUGCCAGGAAGUUCUACACAGCGGUAUGACUGGAAUCAGUGCUUUACCCACUGAAAUCCUCUCUUUGAUUCUGGCACAUCUAAGUCCAGCCUCUUUGGCUUCUUUCGCCAGCAUCUGUAGGAGGUGGCAGGCGCUGAUCGAGAAGCGGACCUUCUCCCAUCUUCUUGUGACUCCUGACCGAUUGACCGAAUUUAAGCGGAUUAUCUCCCCAAGGUCCCCCCGACGCUGCUUUAUUCGUCACUGAGAUCUGUACAUCCUGCUUCCUGCCUACGAGGUCGCUGCGCGGACACGGUUGGAAACCGAAACUGAUCGCCAGAAAAACAAUGAGGCCUUCACUGAGACCAUCAUCUCUUUCUGGGGCAUUCUGAGUACAUGGUCCACAGAGGACGUUGCAGGAAUUUCGUUGAAAAUACGUGCCAGAUCUCCUAGCGAUUGUGGUGCGGAACCCGAUGAAAGGAAACGCAUGUAUCGCCGGCAAUGGGGCCGCAAUUUCCCCGAGGAAGACUGGUUGGACUGGCGAUUCUAUCAAUCCUACCUGGAAUUGACAACAAACCCGACUACCCUGCCCGAGCUCAGCUUUGUGGUGCAAUUCAGAGUCACGUGUCGUGGCCAUCGCAAGAUCGCCCCAGCGGCAGUAUCCAAAUUGUUGUCACGGCUUCCAGGAACGCAGAUAGUCCAUGCCAGCCUCUCGGACGAUGAGCGAAAAGACCAACAGCUGCGGGAUCGACUCCGGAAUGAAUUCGCUCUCACCUUGUCGAAUUGGCCUAGCACCAUUGAACACCUCUGUCUUGAAUAUCCGGGGCUUCCUCCAGCAGAUGGAGAUUUCCACCCUUUGCGACGAUCUGAGCCUUGGGCUGACCCGCUCAGCCUUGCUCUCAACCAGCUGACGCAACAGCUGGUGACUGUCGAGAUUGAAAAGAUCAUGAUCGACCCGAAUUGUUCUGGCCGCUGCACUCUCACUCAGCACAGCCCAGAUGGCCUCGGCUUUCCUCAUUCAAACUCGUCUACCAAGCUGUUACGCCAUCAGGUCAGUGGCUUUUCGAGAAGGACCCCCGCUGUCAACCAUAUAGUAUCCCCCAGGAAGAGGACUACGAAGGAAGGGGGGACCCCCGAACUCCGGCUCCUCAAGACCGGUACCCCGACGCAUUUCGGAGCAAGCCGGCGGAUAUCCUAGACGACAUUCAUAGAGCAGCCAGUGAAGCGGCUCAGCAUAUGCCGGUUCUUAA